CCCUCCUAUCCCACCCUCGCCCUAAAACUCCUCUCUCUCUCUCUCUCUCUCUCUAUCUCUCUCUCUCUCUCCCCAACUGCACAAACAAUGGCCAAGCUCUGCAAAUCAAUAACAAAUUCACCAUAACUAGGUUAGAGAUAGCUGCUUGUGAGGCUGGGAGAGAAAGUGAGAGACUCACUGGGUGAAAGCUAAAAUGGCGGUUCCAGCUCUCAAUUAGUAUGCGUAAAGUAAUCAAAUUGGAGAAAGAUAUUGAUGGCUGGCUCAGUUAUGUUCCAGAGCCUAUGCUGCAUAACCCCACACUCUCCAAGAUGUUACAAGAAUCAAAACCUAGCUUUCACCCACUUUCAAUUCUUCUCUUCCAAGUCAUUUUUAAGAUUAAAGAAGCAGUCUUUGGUCUCAGCUCUUCAAAUUAAUAAGAGGCAGAGGACUUGGAGGUCUUGGAGGUAUCGCUCUGUUCUUGUUGUGUUCGCUGCACAGACCAAUUUCUUAAAAGUUGUACAAACAGUUUGGAAGGUUGGGAGAGAUGGAAUUGAGGCAGGAACCAAUCUUGUGCCGGAUUCUGUGCCAAGAUCAAUUGCAAGGGUUUCUUUGACAGUAGUUGCAUUGGCUCUUUCACUCUUUGUACUCAAGUCUUUACUGUCUACAGUUUUCUUUGUGCUGGCUACGAUAGGACUUGUAUACUUUACAUUUAUAGCUUUGAAUAAGGAUGAAGGACCAAAGGGGGGUGGAGGCAUCACCUCUACACCAAAGGAGGAGGGGAUGGAGGACAGUCCAGAAGAAGCCAGAAGAAUCAUGGAGAAGUAUAAGUUGUCAAACAAAGGUGAUACUGAAGUUAGAGAGGCUUCAAAUGAGAAAUGA